UCGAACGAUGCCAAACCAACGUCGAGAGAUAAUAUUCAUUUCCCGAUUUAUCUGCGUCUUCCAACCUCCAUUCGGAACUUGAUAAUGAAGAAGCGCGACUCGUGACGCUCUUUAGUACCUGCGAAUUACAAGCUUAUGACGUCAUCAAGAUCGUGGCACUCGGAGUGUCGCUGUAGCUUAUUCUAAAAGCACUUCCUCCCACUCGACCUAUAGUCUUCAGAGAGGCUGCUGCUACAGUUUGCCCUUAUAGGUCGUCCUCGAAGAGAAGCCUGGCCGAGUGUCACUCUACAGGAACGAAACGGCCGCUAUGGAAGGCAUUAUGGCCUCCAGGUGGUUCUUCAUCACGGUGAUUGUGUCAUGUACCUUAGCUCUGCCAGCGACUUGGUACCAACCCCCGGAUUCUGGUGGCCCGCCCCCUCUCUACGGCACUUUGGACAAUAAGGAGAGCUAUCAAGAUCCUUAUAUGUAUAUGCCCUAUUAUGAGAGCAAAUGGGAGAGCUACAACAACCCCUCGGGCACUGGCGGUCUAUGGAAACGCUCCGUCGACAACUACGCGUUCUACGAGGAUUACAUCCCCGAGGAUUUCCAAGACGCAGACGUCGCCAAGAAAAGGGUGGCUAGGGCCAUUUUCGACACUGCGAAGAUGGUUUACGACACCGACGAAGAAGACGGGGGGGAAUCCGCGAAGUCAGGAGAAAAGGAGGGUAGUAGCAGCAGUAGUAUGGAGCGUAGCAGUAGUAUUAGCAGUAGCAGUAGCAGCAGUGAAGAGGAAGAAGGGAGUGAGGAGUCCGAAGAGUGGAAAAAGUUCGCUGCAGAGAGUGCAGAAGACAAGGAGGGCGGGACAUCUUUCCAGGAGAGUGAAUCUGCAGAAAGUUAUAACAGUAUAAGCGAAGAGCCUAGUGAGGAAGAAGAAGAAGAAAGCGACGAAAGCAAAAGCCAGGAGCCCGAGGAAAGCGAUGAAAGCAAAAGCGAGGAAUCUGAGGAAAGUGAGGAAUCGGAAGAAAGUGAGGAGAGCUUUGAAAGUAAGAGUGAAGAAUCUGAAGAAAGUGAGGAGAGUUUUGAAAGUAAGAGUGAAGAAUCGGAAGAAAGUGAGGAGAGUUUUGAAAGUAAGAGUGAAGAAUCGGAAGAAAGUGAGGAGAGUUUUGAAAGUAGGAGUGAAGAAUCGCAAGAAAGUAAGGAGAGUUUUGAAAGUGGGAGAGAAGAAUCGGAAGAAAGUGAGGAGAGUUUUGAAAGUGGGAGAGAAGAAUCGGAAGAAAGUGAGGAGAGUUUUGAAAGUAGGAGUGAAGAAUCGGAAGAAAGUGAGGAGAGUUUUGAAAACAGUAGUGAAGAAUCAGAAGAAAGCGAGAAAAGCAAGAGUGGAGAAAGCGAGGAAAGCAAGAGUGGAGAUAGCGAGGAAAGCAAGAGUGGAGAAAGCGAGGAAAGCAAGAGUGGAGAAAGCGAGGAAGGCAAGAGUGGAGAAAGCGAGGAAAGCAAUGAAAGCGAAAGCGAGGAAUUCAAUAAAAGCAAAAGUGGGAAAUUUGAAGGAAAAGAAAGUGGCGAAGGUAAAAGUGGAGAAUCUGAAGAGAGUAGCAAUGAAAGCAACAUUAACGACUCAGGGGAAAGCAAGAAAAGCGAGGCUGAAGAAUCGGGGGAAAGCAGUGAGAAAAGUGAAAGUGAGGAUUCUCAAGAAAGCGAGGAGACAUUUAAAAACGACAGUGAGGAACCUGAAAAUGACGAGACGAGUGACGAAAGCAAAACUGAGACAUUUGAAGGAGAUGAGGAAACUUAUCAAAGCAAAACUGAGACAUCAGAAGGAGAUGAGGAAACUUAUCAAAGCAAAACUGAGACAUCAGAAGGAGAUGAGGAAACUUAUCAAAGCAAAACUGAGACAUCAGAAGGAGAUGAGGAAACUUAUCAAAGCAAAACUGAGACAUCAGAAGGAGAUGAGGAAACUUAUCAAAGCAAAACUGAGACAUCAGAAGGAGAUGAGGAACCUCAGGGAAGCAAAAGUGAAGAAUCAGAAGGAACUUGGGCCACUGACGAAGGACAAGGUGAAACAUCUUCCAAGGAAGAAGAUUCAAGUCAGGAAAAAACAGAACCAAGUCAGGAAGAAGGAGGACCAAGCAACGAAGAAGGGAGUGGCGAUGACAAAGGCCAAGAAUCCGAAGACAAGGAGAGCCAAGCUGAGGAAGGAACUGGAGAAGGAGCCGGAUUCCAAAAGGAAAGCCUCGAGGGUGGUGCGGAAUCGCAAGGAGAAACUCCUGAAGAAGGAAAUUCAAAAAGCCAAGAGGGACAGUCGGGAGCUACACAACAAAGUGUGGAGAAUCAGGCUGAAGGUUCUCAAGGACAGGGAGCGAAUGCACAGACUGCAGAGUCUUCUUCUACGGGACAGUCUGCUGACUCUGCAAGUCCGAAAGGACAAUCUGAAGGAGAGGAAAGCGACCAGGGAAGCAACGGAGAACAGGAGGCAACUAGACCGGAAGAACCCGAGGAACAGGGGCAGGAGGGCAGUCAAAAUGCCGAAGGAACUCCAGGUCAAUCUCAAGGUCAAUCUCAAGGUGGUAACGAAGAAGGACAGAAAGAGGAGGCAAGCAAAGCCGAAAAGGGUGGUCAAGGAGAACACGAGCAAAUGAUGAAACAUGAAGGAAAGUCUCCUCCAGGGAAAGGGAAUGGAGGUUCUAGAAACGGACAAGGACAACAAAAUAAGAAUUCACGAGGAAGGAAUAAUUCACACGGAAGGAGAAACAAUGACCGAAACCGUAAUAGGAGACACCGUCGGACGUCGAACAACAGACGAAACUAGAAAUCUAAAGUCUGGAAUCAAAGUCUUGAAUCAAAGUCUGGUAUCAAAGGUUCGAGAUGCAUCGACGACUCAUGAACUGUUAUUUUCCGGAUUCUGUUGUUUUGUAUUGUUGCAGCUUUCAAGCUUCGUGUAGAUUAGGAAAUAUCCAAGAACAAUCAUUUAUAAUAAUCAUUAAGUAUUAUACCAUACAUAUAUUUGUAUGUUUCCUUGGACUUUUUAACAUUUAUUGCACCAUAGAGCAAAAUGGAGCAAUACUGUUUCAUUCUGUAAAUUUUGCAGUAGGAAGGUUAUUCAUGCAUUGUGCAUACAAACGUGCUUUGUUUGCAUUCACAGUUUGUAGCAAUCCUAGGAAUGAAAGCUUCAUCAGUUAAUAGAAGAAGUUGAUUUCAGUCAAAACGUUCAAAUUGAGACACAGCCCAACAGUAAACCUUUUCUCGUGUCAACAAAGGAUUUUUGUUUAUCUUCUUCUUCUUCGGUUGUUCUAGUAUGUCCAAUAUUGUCUAGAAUUCUGAAUGUCAUGUAAUUAUUUUGAUUGUAUAAACAGAUAUAUUAUUCGUAUUGAAAAUCACACUAUCUAGACGCACGUGUAUGUACAAACACACGCACACACACACACACACACAUAUAUAUAUAUAUAUAUAUAUAUAUAUAUAUAUAUAUAUAUAUAUAUAUAUAUAUAUAUAUAUAUAUAUCUGUGUGUGUAUAUGUGCGUGUGUGUGUGUUUGUGUGUUUGUACAUAAGCGUGUGUGUCUGUUUGUUGACAGACUGGAAGUGAAACUCACAUAGUUCUGAGCUUCUGAUGGUGGUCUUUGCUUCUCUGUAAACGGCCAAUUAAUUAUAGAUUAGGUAGUUAUCCUGAUUGGUAAUAACAUGUCAUCGCAAUUAUUUUGUAAACGCAGCAAAAAAUAUGAUAAAAAUAAAUUAGUGGUUGAAAGUUCUCUGCUUAAUUACCUUGACUCAUACCCAGCAGGCCGAGUGACUCAUUGGAUCAGUUUAGUGUAUUCAUUUAUAAAAACAGCCCAUUACCUAGCACAGGUGGCGGCUCUGUCUUCUGAAACAGCCGGGAGGUAAUUUCAGAGAUUAUCGAUAAAGCUCAUACCUCCGCCAUAGUUUUUUUUUUUUUCUUCUUCUUCUUUUUUGAGGUCAAAAUCUUAACGGGCUCUUCCGUUCUUGUGUGGUUUUAUCGCAUGGUUUCGCUCGUUAAAUGUAAAUGCACACAUUAUGAAUUACACGACCUCAUUUCAAUUUUCCUUUUUGACUCGUUUUUGACAGAUUUUUAUUUUUUUCGCAUAUCCAAUCCUCUGAUUUUGGACGCUUUUACUACCUCAUUCCCGGCGUAGCGGAAUUUGUGUUCGUAUAUCCAAUCCUUCGAGAUUUGAAGGUGAAACGGGUGGGUAAUUAACUUUCUUUCACGUCAUUGGGCGCGCGUCAAUCGGUUGAAGCUUGACGCAUUUUACUAUUAGCUAAGUGAACUAAGUUAACAAUGGACAAAAAAAUUCCCACGUAUUCCCAUGAAUAAAAUUCCUACCGAUUUCACGAGCGCCCAGUGGUUUUGCCCAUUUAUUUGGAAGUAGAUAAUUUGGAAAUAAAUUGUGGUCCAUAACAGUUCAUUUCGAAAUUUUGGAUCAUCCAUAUUGGCUGGUAAUGGUCUUCGUCACUUAGUCUUCGUUUAAACCUUUUGAGAAUUGAAGUGAGAAUAUACUGUAAUGAUUUAAUAUUUAAUAUCAUUGACUCGCAUAACGCAUUAGUGAUCUGCACUGAUUUUUCUAAUGCGUC